GAGUGCCGCCCGGAGUUCGGCCGCCGCCGGGAGGAGCCGGGUGCCGCCGCGAAAUGUGUUCAGAGUUCACCAGGAGGCAAGAGCGAGGACUUUAGUGGUUGACUUCCCCUUCACGCUGCCUGUUGAGAUAAUAAGUGGCAGUUCCACAGAUGAGCCUCCAAACACCACAGCUCCAGCACUUAACAUCUACGUGGCAGAGAGCUUGGGAGAAAUAGGUAUCCUUUAAUUUCUUUAAAAAUUAAACAACUUGAUCAGUACAGGAAUUUCUGAAGGCGGGUUUUGAGGAUGUUCAGUGUCUGUAGUUACAUUUCUACUUUUGUCAAUUGUAAGUUUUGAUAAUCUGUAAGAAUCAGAGCUCCCCUGUACUGUUAUGGACUACCUUUUCCUUUUUCUCUGUCCCACAGCCCAGUUGACUUUUGAUGGCUUACACUAACCAUGUGGCUCUUUGAGACUCUUUUCCAGUGGAAUAUGACACUUAGAACUAAUAUUUUAUGGUUAAGCCUUCCACUAGCUCUGUUCUAAUAUUUAUAAUCUCGUUUACUUGGCAUGGUGAAAUCUGUGUGCCAUGGCAGCUUACUCCAGGUGAGACUGCAUAGGAAACUUUGAGUGCAGUUGUUGGUGAGGAAUGUCAUCAAUACAGAACAGUUAAGGUUGGAAGAGAUCAUGUAGUCUGAUUAUUGACCCAUUACCACCACGCCCACCAAACAAAGUUCUUUUAAGGAGCUCUGAAGCAUCAUUUUCUUCCAAAAUUUCUUAGCAGCAUGGAAGAAAGCAGGCAAUUCUGAUAAAGUUUACUGCAGUAGUAAAUGGUGGGAACAAGUCAGCAAUAUUGUGCAGUCCAGAUCAUUUUGGAAGCUGCAGGCUGUUGAAUCAUGUAUUACAAUUUAAGCUGUAUAUUCUCUCCAGCGUUCAGAAGCAGAAAAUCUAAACCAUUUUUACAGGCUGAAUAAAUACAUCCUGAAAACAUGCAGGAGUCAUCAGAAUUAACCACUGGAAAACAGCUCCAUGUUCAAUUCCAUGGUAAGGUGCCUGCCAGUCCUCAGAGGAAGGAGGAAAGAGUGAGGGAGCAUGGGCAGCCCCUGUGACCUGCAGGUUUGGUGGGAGCACUUUUGGAGUUAACACUUGAAAACUGGGAAGACUUAGAAAAGACUCAGAAAAAUGAAUAGGCUGCCUUACGGUGUUUAUUUAAGAAUCCUCCUUUCCUCCUCUAAUUAGUAAAUAAACCGUGGUGUGUAGUAGUAAUGGAGGGUUUCACACUUCAAAGGGCUGUUUAGGGGUAUUUGGGACAGGCAGCGAAUGUGGCUAGGUAGGCCUGACUGUGGUCUGCUGCAGCUUGAGCAAAUAUCCUAACUCUGAAGAAUGAGAAACUCUCAGGAAAAAUUAGCACAAAUAGCUAAUACCAAAUAGUAAAGAUCUCUGUUAGAUGAAGAAUUGUAGAAAUGUAUAUUUAAUGUGUGCAAGCUCACAAGCUCACGGCUUCAGUUUGAUACAUCCCACAGCCAUACUGCUGGGAUCAGCACUUAAUGGCAUAAUAUGUAUUAUGAGACACUUUUCCUGUGGCAGAUGGACAAAGAGCCAAUGCCACAUGUGUGUCAUCCCAGGGACAGGUGGAACUGGCAAUCUCAGACUGUUUUACGAGGCAGCUGCUUACAUAUAUCCUUGCAUACCAGGGCUGCUGGGGGGUCAGGCCCUUGCAGCUUGUUCUGUGGUGUGCUGCAAGUGAAGGCUUUUAGUCUGUGGAUCCACUGAAUCUCUACAGUUUGUUUUUCUUGUUAAAAUUAUAUAUGCUGCAAAACAGGUACGAAUGUCUGGUUUCCCUGCAUCCAUUGGAUAGGGAGAUGGACAGCUUAUAAAUUCAGUUGUUACUACUUUGUAUUCAGUCAAGUAGACUUUGAUGGUUAUAAAGAAACAGCACAAAGUCAUCUUGAGUUUUGUGAGUGCUAGCAGGAAUACAAAUUCAGCAUAUCCCUAAAAAAAUUUUUAAAAAAAGAGAGAAAAGAGAAAGGCUUUCAUGUAUUUUGUUACAUUAUUUUCCUAGCUCAAUAAAAGCUGCUCCUUUUCACCCUUAAUAAAGGAUGUAGCAGCAAAAGGGAAGCUUUCCCACGUGAAGAAAAAGAUUGAGGAUUGCAAAGUGAGUAUACAGGAUCUUCAACAGAAAUACUUCUUGGGGCUUAUAGAGGAUCCCAUUGUAUGAAAGUGAGAGAACCACAGGUAUAAACUAAAUCCCUUCAUUAGGCAAUAUUUUGUUUGAAGUGCAUACCAGUAUUUUUUUUCCCUCUCUUCUGUGCUCUUGGGGGGAGCUAGUGCUGUUGGUUUCAGACCAGGAACGACUCUAUUUUGGUAUUUCCUACUCAUUCAGGGUGAGAUAUGUGCCACAAACAAAUAUCUUUGGAUGAGCUCCGUAUUUCCAUACAUAAACUGAGGAAAAACAGCCCAUCAAGAGUUCAUAAAAGGUUAAGACCUUCAUAGUUGCUAGUGACUUUGAGCUUCUUAGGUAAAGGCAUUAAAUGAGUGGAAUAUGUUGAGGAUGUGUCUUGCGUGUUGUGUUGUUCCCUCACUCUUACAAAGUUAGAAUGUAAUGAGUUCAAAACAUUUUUCCUCAUAAUUAUGCACAGUGUAGAGCAGCACAAUUGCUCAGCUAAAUAAACAGGAACUUUUUCAAUUAUAAGGUGCCAUUACCUUUGUGAGUUCUUGUCACUUAUGAAAUCAGCGGGUGGUUAAUUAAAUUGCUCCUUUGGACUCUUCUAAAGGCUGUGCAUUAAUUAUGUUUUGGUGAUGGUGUGCACAUUUCUCAACUUUUUAAUGAGGGUAAAAGUUGUUUACCUCUUUGUUAGGAAAUAAGGUUGAGAUUAAUACAGGAUUUUAAAUAAAAUAUUGCUAGAUAUUUAUUAGGACACUAAAUGCUGUGAUCAUGUGAUGAGCUUGCUUGAAAUCAAGUCUGAAUUUCCUUGACUGCAACACAUUGUGAAAUGUACCAAAUCUGUGUGAUGAACUCCACGUUGAUGGAGGAAUAAGUUCAUGCUCUUGAAAGGAUGUGCUGCCCUAAACGGGACCAGUCCAAAUCCAAACCCAAUGUCUGAGAGCUCUGGCAAACGCUCCCUGAGCUCCGGCACUUGGGGCCGUGCCCACUGCCCUGGGCAGGCUGUUCCAUGCCCACCGCCCUCUGGUGCAGACCCUUUCCCUCACCCCCAGCCGCCCCUCCCCUGACGCAGCUCCAUGCCGUUCCCUCGGGCCCUGUCGCUGUCACAGAGAGCAGAGCUCAGCGCUGCCCCUCCGCUCCCUGUGAGGAGCCGCAGCCGCCAUCAGGCCUCCCCUCGGCCUGCCCUGCUCCGGGCUGAGCACAACGGGGGCCUCAGCCGCUCCUCAUGUCUUUUCCCCAUUUCCCCAUCCCGCAAUUGUUUUGUUGGAGUUUCUUUUGUCUUUUUGGUAUUUUUCUUCACUUAGUGACGCUUGCAUGCUAAAGAAAGCCACACGUAGGUGCAGCGUAGGUGUGCUAACGAAUGUUUUUUCCCAGAUUAGUUCAUAUUGGUUCCCCUGAUGAAACAGUGUAUUGCUGUCAAAUACUCAAAACCAGACAAAACCCCUUUAGCCUAGGGUAAGUAUCAGUGAGGCCAUCGUUUAAGCACCUUUGUCAUUAACAGACAUGAAAAGCAUCUGUAGCACUUCCCAGGUCUUUGAAGUACAGCUGCAGGUUUUACCUCACAGGAGGGAGGGAAUGGCCCUCACUUCUCAUUUGUCCCACUGGGCUGUUGGCCCCACUGGGAGCUGACUGCUGUAGCAAAAGAAACGUUAUUCUUCUUUAUGCUCUUUAUCCCACCUCAUUUGUUUAAAACCAUAUCAAGCCAAAAAGAGCCAAGAAAAGUACUCGAGGAAGAGGAGAUAGGAAAAGAAUGUUGUAUCAUCUGAUCUGUUGGCUUAUUUAUUUAUUUAUUUAUUUAUUUAUUUGGAAAGGCCGUGACUGGAAUAGGGUUUGCAUAAGGUUUGCAGCACAUGGCAGCAUGACAGAGAGCUGAGAUGUCCUGUGUGUGCGGUAAAGCUGCUCUGCUGUACGCACGGAGUUACUGCAACUAUUUCUGUGUGACACCCGCUCGUGUUCCCCGGGCGUGCUUAAAACAUGAAAGCACCAGAUCCGGUAGCCCUGCUUCGUUAUGCAUUCAGGAGAAAUCGCUGACGACAUUUUAGCCCGCAGUUAAUGUUAAUGUUAGGUUUUGCGUUUGAGAAGGACGCAGCGUAAGAGCGGCAGUGGAUCCUUGGCUGCCGUCGGUGUUCCCCGAGCCCCAGCUACCCACGUGAGAUUGGGAAUCAGAUGAAUUUACUGCUGUAAGUAAAGCAAACCCUGUGGGAUGCUGCAGCAGCUACGGGAGGGGCUGGCCCUGUUUUAAUUGCCUACUGGUGAAUCAGUUCAGUUGUGUACGGCAGCACGCCGAGAACCUUUUUCCUUGAAGUUCUCCGCUGUCAUGUGAUAGACACCUCCUCCUCCAUGAGAACAGCAGCGUGUUCUCCUUGCCCUGCGUGCUGGGCUGCCUCCUCUCCUCCUCUCAAUCUGGGAAUGAAAGGAUCCAUAGGUGCAGGUGUCCUCAGCAGAGCUAAACCCACAGGCAGUCAUCGCCUUAAGGAUCUGAGAGUCCAACAGCCAGCCUUAGUGGUGGACUUAUUCAAGUGAUAUCUGGUCCAUGGCAUCCUCAGCUUCACCACGGCACACCAAAGCACAGCACUGCUCUCAGGCAAGAAGAAAGCCUUCUGAUUGACUACUUGCAGUUAACCGUUGACUGUUGGAGUACUUCUGUCACUGCCAGUGGAUGUAAGAACCCACCUGUUACAGCAGUGGUAACCAAAUACUGCUCUUGCUAUGUUCUUUGCUUGGAAGGGAAAUCUGUCUUGAGCUCUACUGCCAGGUGAAAACUGUGCUCUGGAGCAGCUGUUACAGAGCCGUGAAAUGUUUCUCUCACGAAACGAACGGCGCUGGUGCAUUUUUCAUUGCUCUCUUCCGUGACAAAGCUACAGAAAACAAAAAUGUUCUCCUAAUGGAACUGUUGUACCUCAGUGGAUUUUGGUAAACACAGAACAAAAAGUGACACUCGAGUGAAGAACGGAAGCCACCUUUUCAGAGGCUGCUUCCCUCUGGGGUUUGCAGGAGCAGACCAUCCUAUGAGGAGGAGGAGGACACCUCGGCGUUCCUAGCUGCACGAUGGGGACGACAGGUGAUGACAUGGCUUUGGCGGAGCAGAACGCCUCCUUGAACCCCCUGUGCUUCGAGUGUGGCCAGCAGCACUGGACAAGAGAGAACCACCUGUACAACUACCAGAAUGAAGUGGACGACGACUUGGUCUGCCACAUUUGCCUUCAGCCCUUGUUGCAGCCAUUGGACACUCCCUGCGGACACACUUUCUGCUACAAGUGCCUAAGGAACUUUCUGCAGGAGAAAGAUUUCUGCCCGCUGGAUCGAAAAAGACUCCAUUUUAAACUCUGCAAAAAAUCCAGCAUUCUCGUUCAUAAACUGUUAGACAAGUUACUUGUUUUGUGCCCCUUCUCAUCGGUGUGUCAGGAAGUCAUGCAGCGAUGUGACCUGGCGGCACAUCUCAAAAACAGGUGCCCUGGGGCCUCUCACCGAAGGGUUGCCCUGGAGAGGCGGAGAGCGAGCAAGCUGCAGGCCGAGGCUGAGGGUGAGGCUGGGCCUGGUGGGCCGGAGCAUCCCAACAGCGUGUCCGUGGAUGCAGAGCAGAGCAUCGUGCCCGCCGAGCAGAGCUUUACUCCCGCACUGCCUGCUUGGGCAGAUGAGCCUGGCAUCGACAAUCCCCCUUUUGAAGAGAACACAGGAGCAGACACAAAUCAACAGCCACCUACCUUGCCUGAGGGAGAGAUCACUACUAUUGAAAUUCAUCGGUCCAAUCCUUAUAUUGAAUUAGGAAUUAGCAUAGUGGGUGGCAAUGAAACGCCUUUGAUCAACAUUGUUAUUCAGGAGGUUUAUCGAGAUGGGAUCAUUGCCAGAGAUGGAAGACUUCUUGCUGGAGACCAAAUACUUCAAGUGAAUAGCUUUGACAUCAGCAACGUGUCCCAUAACCACGCGCGAGCAGUGCUGUCACAGCCCUGCACGGUGCUGCACCUCACCGUGCUGCGGGAGCGGCGGUUUGGGAGCCGUACCCACGGCCACACUGACACCACCACCACCACCACCACCUCCUCCUCCUCACGGGACGACAGCUUCCAAGUCACUCUGCACAAACGUGACUCCAGUGAGCAGCUUGGCAUCAAGCUGGUCCGCAGGACGGAUGAGCCGGGAGUCUUCAUUCUUGACCUCUUAGAAGGAGGGUUGGCUGCCCAGGAUGGCCGGCUCUGCAGCAAUGACCGAGUGCUCGCCAUCAAUGGGCACGACUUGAAGCACGGGACACCCGAGCUUGCUGCUCAGGUUAUACAGGCUAGUGGGGAGAGAGUGAAUUUGAUCAUCUCUAGACCCAUGAAGUCACAGACGGUCAGUAUUAUCCGAGACACGGGGACUCACAACAGCAACCCACACCAACACCAGUCCCAGCAGCUGUUUCACUGCAGACCCAACUCACAUAAGGACCUCUCCCAGUGUGUUACAUGCCAAGAAAAGCACAUUACUGUGAAAAAAGAGCCGCAUGAAUCUCUUGGGAUGACGGUGGCGGGAGGCAGAGGCAGCAAAAGUGGCGAAUUGCCCAUUUUCGUGACAAGCGUACAGCCCCACGGGUGUUUGGCAAGAGAUGGCAGGAUUAAACGAGGUGAUGUGUUGCUGAACAUCAACGGCAUCGAUCUGACUAACCUCAGUCACAGUGAGGCAGUGGCCAUGCUGAAAGCCAGCGCUGCCUCCUCGGUAGUUGCCCUGAAAGCACUGGAAGUCCAGAUUGUAGAAGAACAACCUCAGGCCAAUGAAGAACAAUUGAGUACCAUCAGUGAGAAUGAAUACGAUGCCAGUUGGUCACCAUCGUGGGUCAUGUGGCUGGGACUCCCAAGCUGCCUGCAUAGCUGCCAUGAUGUAGUGCUGCGGAGGAGCAAUUUAGGAAGCUGGGGUUUCAGCAUUGUCGGUGGCUAUGAGGAGAACCACACAAACCAGCCUUUCUUCAUUAAAACCAUUGUCCUUGGAACUCCCGCGUACUUUGACGGAAGAUUAAAGUGUGGUGAUAUGAUUGUUGCUGUAAAUGGACUAUCAACGGUUGGAAUGAGCCAUUCUGCACUUGUUCCCAUGCUGAAGGAGCAGAGGAACAAAGUAACUUUAACCGUGAUUUGCUGGCCUGGAAGCCUCAUCUAGAUUUAUGAAAUCAUUUUGGUUCAAGCAGCUUCAUUUUCUGGAUAGUUGGCACAAAAAUCUCCUUUAUCUCUUUUUUUUUUUUUCCCCCUAUUGAUACAGCUGGUUAUAAGCAGGGCCAAAACUGCUGUAUUCACUUUCUUCUUGGCUCUUUUUUUUGUGGUCUUUUCAGACUCACUGUAUGUAUCCUUCCAUCCUGAAUACCUGAACUAGCCAUUUCUGUUUGCUACAUCCAUUGCUGACACAAAUGCAAACACACACAUGGUCACACAGAAACUCCUACUGCGAUACAGCUCACGCUGAGCCUUCCCAGUCAAGCAAUAGUCCUACAGUCAGCAGAAGAACCCAGCUGUUGGUUGGGUUUCUCUGAACAGCCCUAUGUUCCUGUGUAUCAUAAAAAUGUAACAGCCACGUACCCAUUCUUUGAGAAGAGGAUGUGUGUCAGUAACACGGUGAUGCAUCUACCUGCUGCUGUGAAUCAGAACCCAUUUCCAAAGGUACACCCUUCCACUUUGCAAGCCUUUCCAUGUUUGAGUCGGUAUUUCAGGCUCCCUCAAGGAAUCCAUCUUACUCCUGAGAAAUCAUUGGGUCCCCAUACUUUUCCUUUCAGGGCAUCAGUGUUCACAGAAAAGUAGGACGAAAGCCUGAUAUUACUGGAAUUUUUAUAAAGUGCAAUAAUUGGACUCUUUGUUAGGAAACUUUAAUAUAUUACAGAGUUUGUAUCCUCUAACGAACAGAAAUAUGGAAGCAAUUACUGUUGCAGUGCUGGCAAGAAGACACGAGCCCAAGGUCGCCUUUGAGUGAAUGGCCUGCAGUGUUCGACUUUCCUUUACGAAUGAAUGUUUUGCUAUGUCAGGGAAUUUUGAUGAACAUUUUUACUAAGAUCAUUUGUACCGUUUAUAUUGUAGUUGUCGGCUCUCUUGCUCCAUGUGUGGAAGCAGUGCUUUGACUCACACCUUGUAGAUGGGAGAAUCACUUACAGAGAAAAGCCCACCGUUAAGAAAACACACACGUGCUUUACAGGUGGGCAGGCAGGAAGGACGCCUCUUUUCACUCACCUCCAACUGGAGAGUAAGCUGCAAAGCUCACUCUUCCUCUGUCACCUCCUGACAAAUGUGCAAUGCCUUGAUAUGAAUGCUGAAACAAUUUGUCUUGCAUUGCAGGAUUUUUCUUUCCUUUAGAGAGCAGCUGCUAUGAAGCUGUCGGUAAGAUAAAUGCUAUUUAUCUUGGAUCGUAUUUAGUAUUUUUAAAAACAAACCUGUAACUUCCAGAACUUGCCUUUUCAUGACAUUUGCAGGCUAAGCACCACCCAUUUAUUUAAAACAAAGAAGAGUGGGGCACAUAAAGCAAUGUGCUGACUUGGAGCAAAACCUACUGGUUGUCAGUGUUCUGCAUAGUUAAGAAACAGCUUCGUUUAUAAACCAGGUUCACACCUGACCUGAUUUUCUGAAUGACCUCUGUAUUGUAUUAUUCAUUACCAGAGAAUGUAUUGGGGAAUCAUAGCAUAUAUCAAUUGUGAAGCAUGAACUUUACUUUCACACUUAGCCAUUGUAAUAUUGGGGCGUAUUAUCGCAUGUCAUUAAUCCCAGUAGCUUCGUUUUAAAAAGAAAUUAAAGUUCCUCUUUUGCAAAGGGAAAUAAAAAAGAAGUAAAGAUCUCAUAUGAACGAAAUGGUUUUAUUCCUCUCUGUGAUGUAUGAUAACGGUUUCAUUUCAUAACACUAAAAGAAUGUCCUGUACAGUAUAUUACUGUAUUGAGAACUUCGUUUCUGAUGCAAACACCAAACUUCUUUGCUACGUUGGCUGAUAUGAGAAGGAGUUUCCUCCCGUUCCAAAACGGUGUUUAAUUGUAUACUUGGCUCCUAAUGCAGAUUUUUUUUUUUGUAAAGUAUGUCUUAGUGUAGACUUUAGGGAAGACUUUGACAUAUGUCCUGGAUUUAACUUUUUUAUUGUUAUUUUCAGAGUAACACUUUUCAUUCAAAACCCUGCAAAACUCAGAUUUUUAGUAUUUUUUUUUUCUUUUCUAUCUAUCUAUAUAUAUAUAUGUACCAAGAGCAUGGGUUAGCUUAAGCAGUGCAGUUCUGUUUGUGUGCCGUAGCUUUUCAUCAGAAUGUUUAGCAUUAAAGACUUCUCUCUGACUGAAUUCCUUUCCUGGAUCUGUUCUUCCCUUUCUCUCGUAGCUGCAUAGUUGGGUUUGUUUCUCCGUGCCUUCUGUUUUAAAUUAUUUCGAGGGUUUUUUUGUUUUUUUUUUUUCAGAUAUUGCUAUCUAAUUGUAUGGUAUUAAUGAAGGAUGAAUGGAAAUAAAGUUCAUUCUACUUAUUGUAAUAA